UGGGUGUGUGCGCGUGUGUGCCGGGUGUGCGCGCGCGCGUGUUUCAUUCUGGCGCAGGCACAGCCCUCCCCAGCCUCAAGGUCGGCAAUACCCAGAGCUUUGGGGCCCCCGCCAACCUGGCUGGUUCCUGCAGCCAGGAACUCGGGAAGGAGGGAGUCCCCAGUCCCGGCAGGGAUUCCUGGGACGCCGUUCCGUUUUUAGCUCGGGCGGUCUGAAGCGGGAACCGGCAGGUAGGAGCGGGGUUCCUCGAAGGCGGACUCCGACCAGCCGCCAGUGGGCAGCGGGGGCCUGCGCGACCCCACUCGGCCCCGCCCGGCGCCCGCACCCCGGGGCUCCCCGGCGGGGGAGGAGGGGGGUGGCGCGCUUUAGGUCGCCACCCGUCACGGAAUUUGACACCCGAGAGACAGCUGGUCCUGGCAAGGACUCCUGAUCCUUUUCAAAUGGAAACAGUUUCUAUCAGUGAAUCUGCCAGAAUUCUUGGUGGAAUCGCACUUGGGCUUUGCCCCUUGGCGCAGUUAACCAAGGCCGCAUUUAUCACUUUGGGGCGAGGAGUGCUUCAAAUGGAGCGGGGUUCCAGGUUGCAGAGCAAGAUUCUUGCUGAGAGAACUACAAAAGUAUGGACUCCAGGCAGAGAAAAAGUGAAUCCCAGGAAUGGAGUAGGAUAUAAGCAAUAACAUUCUUUACCGCCUCAGUUCCUGAAGUAACUACUCACACAUGUGCUGUUGGCCACAGGGAUGGGGACGCCACCUGAAAUCCAUGGAGAGUGAGGACGAGGAGGAGGAACCGCGGAGCCCCAGAUCCCCGGACCAGCCGCUUCCGCGCCGCCGAGGCAGCCCGCGGAGCCACCCAUCGGGCGGCGGGAGGGCCUGAGCGCCGCAGCCCAGGACCGGCGGCCGGGGGCGCCAGCCCUCCAUGUUCCGCAGAGGGCGCAAAUGUGAUGUCAUGCCCAUUGUUUUGGCGCGCCCAGCCAAUCGGACUCGCCGCCUCGAUUCUACCGGAGCCGGCAUGGGCCCUUCCUCGCACCAGCAGCCGGAGUCCCCGCUCCCGACCAUAACGCAUUGCGCAGGGUGCACCACCGCCUGGUCUCCCUGCAGCUUUAACGGCUCUGACAUGGAAACCCCAUUGCAGUUCCAGCGCGGCUUCUUCCCAGAGCAGCCGCCGCCGCCGCGCUCUUCACACCUGCAUUGCCAGCAGCAGCAACAGAGCCAGGACAAGCCGUGCCCGCCCUUCGCGCCCCUCCCGCACCCGCAUCCGCACCACCACCCGCACCUCGCGCACCAGCCGCCCGGCAGCGGCGGCAGCAGCCCAUGCCUCCGGUGCAACAGCUGCGCCUCCUCCGGUGCCCUGGCGGCGGGGGCGGGGGCUGGGGCGGGGGAUAACCUGUCCCUGCUGCUCCGCACCUCCUCGCCCGGCGGCGCCUUCCGGACCCGCACCUCCUCUCCGCUGUCGGGCUCGUCGUGCUGCUGCUGCUGCUCGUCGCGCCGGGGCAGCCAGCUCAAUGUGAGCGAGCUGACGCCGUCCAGCCAUGCCAGUGCGCUCCGGCAGCAGCCCGCUCAGCAGCCCGCGUCCGCCUCCCAGUACCACCAGUGCCACAGCCUGCAGCCCGCCGCCAGCCCCACGGGCAGCCUCGGCAGCCUGGGCUCGGGGCCGCCGCUCUCGCACCACCACCACCACCCCGCGCAUCCGGCGCACCACCAGCCUCUCCAGCCUCAGGCGCGCCGCGAGAGCAACCCCUUCACCGAAAUAGCCAUGAGCAGCUGCAGGUACAACGGGGGCGUCAUGCGGCCGCUCAGCAAUUUGAGCGCGUCCCGCCGGAACCUGCACGAGAUGGACUCGGAGGCGCAGCCCCUGCAGCCGCCCGCGGCCGUCGGAGGAGGUGGCGGCGCGUCCUCCCCGUCCGCCGCCGCCGCCGCCUCGUCCUCAGCCCCAGAGAUCGUGGUGUCCAAGCCGGAGCACAACAACUCCAACAACCUGGCGCUGUACGGAGCGGGCGGCGGCGGCAGCACUGGAGGCGGCGGCGGCGGCAGCGGCCACGGCAGCAGCAGCGGCGCUAAAUCCAGCAAAAAGAAGAACCAGAACAUCGGCUACAAGCUGGGCCACCGGCGCGCCCUGUUUGAGAAGCGCAAGCGGCUCAGCGACUACGCGCUCAUCUUCGGCAUGUUCGGCAUCGUGGUCAUGGUCAUCGAGACCGAGCUGUCGUGGGGUGCCUACGACAAGGCGUCGCUGUAUUCCUUAGCUCUGAAAUGCCUUAUCAGUCUCUCCACGAUCAUCCUGCUCGGUCUGAUCAUCGUGUACCACGCCAGGGAAAUACAGUUAUUCAUGGUGGACAAUGGAGCAGAUGACUGGAGAAUAGCCAUGACUUAUGAGCGUAUUUUCUUCAUCUGCUUGGAAAUACUGGUGUGUGCUAUUCAUCCCAUACCUGGGAAUUACACGUUCACAUGGACGGCCCGGCUUGCCUUCUCCUAUACCCCUUCCACUACCACUGCUGAUGUGGACAUUAUUUUAUCUAUACCAAUGUUCUUAAGACUCUACCUGAUUGCCAGAGUCAUGCUUUUACAUAGCAAACUGUUCACUGAUGCCUCCUCUAGAAGCAUUGGAGCACUUAAUAAGAUAAACUUCAAUACACGUUUUGUUAUGAAGACUUUAAUGACUAUAUGCCCAGGAACUGUGCUCCUGGUUUUUAGUAUCUCAUUAUGGAUAAUUGCCGCGUGGACUGUCCGAGCUUGUGAAAGGUACCAUGAUCAGCAAGAUGUUACUAGCAACUUCCUUGGAGCGAUGUGGUUGAUUUCAAUAACUUUUCUCUCCAUUGGCUAUGGUGACAUGGUACCUAACACAUACUGUGGGAAAGGAGUCUGUUUGCUCACAGGAAUUAUGGGUGCAGGUUGCACAGCCCUGGUGGUAGCUGUAGUGGCAAGAAAGCUAGAACUUACCAAAGCAGAAAAGCACGUGCACAAUUUCAUGAUGGAUACUCAGCUGACUAAAAGAGUGAAAAAUGCAGCUGCCAAUGUACUCAGGGAAACAUGGCUAAUUUACAAAAAUACAAAGCUAGUAAAAAAGAUAGAUCAUGCAAAAGUAAGAAAACAUCAGCGAAAAUUCUUACAAGCUAUUCAUCAAUUACGAAGUGUAAAAAUGGAGCAGAGGAAGCUGAAUGACCAAGCAAAUACCUUGGUGGAUCUGGCAAAGACCCAGAACAUCAUGUAUGACAUGAUUUCCGACUUAAACGAAAGGAGUGAAGACUUCGAGAAGCGGAUUGUUACCUUAGAAACAAAAUUAGAGACUUUGAUUGGUAGCAUCCACGCCCUCCCUGGGCUCAUAAGCCAGACCAUCCGACAGCAGCAGAGAGAUUUCAUUGAAGCUCAGAUGGAGAACUAUGACAAACACGUCACCUACAACGCUGAGCGGUCCCGGUCCUCAUCCAGGAGGCGACGGUCCUCCUCUACAGCGCCACCAACUUCAUCAGAGAGUAGCUAGAAGAGAAUAAGUUAACCACAAAAUAAGACUUUUUGCCAUCAUAUGGUCAAUAUUUUAGCUUUUAUUGUAAAGCCCCUAUGGUUCUAAUCAGCGUUAUCCGGGUUCUGAUGUCAGAAUCCUGGGAACCUGAACACUAAGUUUUAGGCCAAAAUGAGUGAAAACUCUUUUUUUUUUCUUUCAGAUGCACAGGGAAUGCACCUAUUAUUGCUAUAUAGAUUGUUCCUCCUGUAAUUUCACUAACUUUUUAUUCAUGCACUUCAAACAAACUUUACUACUACAUUAUAUGAUAUAUAAUAAAAAAGUUAAUUUCUGCA